AAUACUUAAUAUUGUACAAAAUUAAUUUUAAUAUUUACUUUUAAAAAGAUAAAAAAGUUUAGCUAACAUAACCAAAGAAUGAUUUAAGGUUAUAAGAAUACUAUUGGUUGGAACAAAAUUAUAUUAUAUUUGAUCAUGGCAGCAUACCAUAUAAGCUCAUCCCUGGAAAAUCUUUUACUUGUGCAAUCACAAAAACUUCAAGAUCUUGAAAAAACUACAGAGCUAUUACGAAGUAAAAACAUCAUUCACGAUGAUCUUAUUCAUGCUUAUAAGGAAGUAAGUUUUAUAACAAAUGGAAUACAACUCUUAAAGGAAGAUAUCAAAACAAUGAAAGACAAUAAUGAACGUUGCAAAGAACUAUCAACAAUAUUAAAAUCGUUAGAUCAUCAAAUUCAACAUAUGGAAAAUAAUAUUCCAUCUAAAAUUCAGGAAUAUAUCAAUUCUGAAUUGCCUGAAAAUAUUAGUAACAAAUAUUCUACAGAAGAGUAUGUAAAUAAUACCAUAAACAAUAUGACAGUGUGUAAUAGCGAUAAUAUUAACAAUCACGUAAUUAGUGAUGUAAAGAGUUGCAAGAAGAUUUUAUUUAAUGAGCCAGAAAUACCUCAAAUACAAAUUGUUACAGAAGAAGAAUUUAUUAAAAUACCUAAAUAUAUAAUUGGAAGAUAUCCAUUGGAAAUACUUAAUAAUUUAGUAUAUAAUAUAAAUCAAAUUAUUAAAACAAAAUAUUCGUUUAUUAAUUUAGGAAAAAAUGCCGCAAGAAAAAAAGGAGAAUUAGAUUUAUAUUUACAUUACACGAAAGAUCAAACAAGUCUUGGAAUAGAUGAAGAAAAUCUUUAUUUUUUUACAUCGGAUGAUUAUGAAAAAUAUAUUAAAUUAAAAAUUGACAAAACAAAAUUGAAUUUGUUAAUAGCUUUGCGCCAUUGUAAACGGUUACGAGAAAUCAGAUCAGCAAAAACUGUAUAUUAUGCUCUUAUUAUAUAAAAUUCAUGAGAUAAUAACUUAAGAAAAAGAUUAUUUGUAUUAUCAAAUUUAAA